AUGUUGGAAGGAAAGUUUGAUGAAUCCACAUUAUUAAAGAAAAUUGUUGACUCAAUUAAAGAUUGUGUCAAAUUAUGUAACUUCAACUGUACUGAACACGGAAUCACUGUGCAAGCCGUUGACGAUUCACGUGUGUUGUUAGUUUCCUUAUUAGUUGGUCAAACUGCAUUCAGCGAAUACAGAUGCGAUAGAGAUGUAACCUUGGGAAUAGACUUGGAGAGUUUUAGUAAAAUCAUCAAGUGUGGUCAAAAUGAAGAUUACUUGACCUUGUUGGCUGAAGAUAGUCCUGAUAGUGUCAUGACCAUUUUUGAAGACAAGAAAAGGGAGAGAGUUAGUGAAUAUAGUUUGAAGUUGAUGAAUAUCGAUUCGGAAUUUUUAAAGAUUGAUGAUAUGGAAUAUGAUACUGUUAUCAAUAUGCCUAGUUCUGAAUUUGCUAAAAUUGUUAGAGAUUUGAAAAACUUGAGUGAAUCCUUGAAUAUUAUCGUUACUAAAGAUUCAGUUAAAUUUACUAGUGAAGGUGAAACAGGUACUGGAAGUGUGGUGUUGAAGCCUUACACCGAUAUGGACAGACCUGAGGAGAGCGUUAGUGUUCACUUGGAUAAUCCAGUUGAUUUGACUUUUGGGUUGAAGUAUUUGAAUGAUAUUAUUAAAGCGGCUAGUUUAUCUAGUACAAUCACGGUUAAGCUUGCUGAUAAGACCCCGGCUUUGUUUGAAUUUAAAUUGGAUGUGGGUGGAUACUUACGAUUCUACUUGGCACCAAAAUUCGAUGAAGAUGAAUAA